GGGGGGGGGUGCGGGUUCGGGAUGGAGGCGGCGGAGCUGCGGGUGGGCUUCGUGGGCGCGGGGCGCAUGGCGGGGGGCAUGGCCAGGGGGCUGCUGCGGGCAGGGAAGGUGCCAGCCAGCAGCAUCCUGGCCAGCGCGCCCUCGGACAGGAACCUGGACGCCUGGCGGGAUUUGGGCUGCCGGACCACGCACUGCAACCUGGAGGUGCUGCAGGAGAGCACCCUGGUCUUCCUGGCCACCAAGCCCCACAUCCUGCCGGGCGUCCUGCAGGAGAUCCGGCCCGCCGUCGGGCCCCACCACGUCGUCGUCUCGCUGGCGGCCGGCGUCACCCUCCAGAAGCUGCAGCGGCUGCUCCCCGCCGGGACCAAGGUGCUGCGGCUCAUGCCCAACCUGCCGUGCGUGGUGCAGGCGGGGGCCAUGGUGUUCGCCCGGGGCAGCGGGGCCAGCGACGAGGAUGCCGCCCUGCUCCAGAACCUCCUGACCUCCUGCGGGCUCUGCGAGGAGGUGCCCGAGUCCUACAUCAACAUCCACACCGGCCUCAGCGGCAGCGGGGUCGCCUACGUGUACCUCUUUGCCGAAGCCCUGGCCGAGGGGGCCGUGAAGAUGGGGAUGCCGGGAGGCUUGGCCAGCAGGAUCGCGGCCCAGACGCUGCUGGGCGCGGCAAAGAUGAUGCUGGAGACGGGGGAGCACCCGGCCAAGCUGCGCGGGGACGUCUGCACGCCCGGCGGCACCACCGUCCACGCGCUGCACCAGCUGGAGAAGGGCGCGCUGCGCGCCACCGUCAUGAACGCCGUGGAGGCUGCCACCAAGCGAGCCUGCGACGUGGGCGAGGACUAGGGGCCGGGUUGGGGACGGCCACCUCCGUCCCGUCCCCCGGUGCCAGGGACCAGAGCUGCUGCUGCUUCUCGUCCUCCGGCCGUGGUGACCCCAGACCAAAGCCCUGCGGGGACCUCGAGCCCUCGGGAGAACCUGGCCGGAGGUGGGAGGUGCCCACGCGGCUGGCCACCGCUGCAGGGCUGGGACCCAAUAAAGGUGGGCAGCACGGA